AGGCUAAACACCAAUGUCUUUUUCUUGAGAGCCAACCAGCCUCAGCGCGCGCGCGCGUGUGGUGGCGUCGGGGCUAGAGCAGCAGCGAUGGCGGCGUCCGUGGCCUUCUCCCCCGCAUGCAGGCGGCUCCCCUGCAACCCCCUCUCCGCCUCCACCGGCGCACUGUCUCUCGUCCGCCUGGCGGGAUGCUCCAGGCGCCUCCGCCGCGCCUGUGCCACGGCGGAGCCGUCCGACGUGCUGCCGGGAUCCGGGGCCGGCGAGCUGGACGGGCUGGUGCCGGCAGGGCUGCUCGAGGAGCUGCCGGAGGGCCUCGCCUUCCAGGGCGCCCCUGACGGCAGCGGAGGCCACCCGAUGCUCGACCGCGGCAUCAACGCGGCCAUCGUGCUCGGCGCCAUCACCUUCGCGCUCACCAAGCUCCUCACCGUCGACCACGACUACUGGCAUGGGUGGACAAUCUUGGAGAUCCUGCGGUACAUGCCACAGCACAACUGGUCGGCGUACGAGGAGGCCCUCAAGGCCAACCCGGUUCUUGUCAAGAUGAUGAUCAGUGGCAUCGUCUAUUCCCUCGGCGACUGGAUAGCCCAGUGUUACGAAGGGAAGCCCAUCUUCGAGUUUGACCGUGCUCGCAUGUUCCGGUCUGGCCUCAUAGGGUUCGCCCUUCAGGGAUCCCUUUCGCACUACUACUACAAUUUCUGCGAGUCGGUGUUUCCGUGCAAGGAUUGGUGGGCUGUACCUGUCAAGGCUGCAUUUGAUCAGACAGCUUGGUCUGGGCUGUGGAACACCAUCUACUUCGUCGCCUUGGGAUUCCUUCGGUGGGAAUCUCCGUCCACCAUAUUCAGCGAGCUCAAGUCCACCUUCUUCCCCAUGCUUACUGCAGGAUGGAAGCUGUGGCCAUUUGCACACUUAAUUACAUAUGGUGUGGUUCCUGUCGAACAUAGACUUCUCUGGGUCGACUGUGUCGAGAUAAUCUGGGUCACCAUCUUGUCAACUUACUCAAACGAGAAAUCUGAAGCAAGGAUCUUAGACGAUUCCUCCACAACAGAUACGCGGGACAACUCCAGAUAGCACGUACUUCAUGUUUUGUUGUUUUAUACUCCCUCUGUCCGAAAAUAUAAGAAUGUUUUUAACACUACACUAGUGUAAAAAACGUUCUUAUAUUAUGGAACGGAGGGAGUAGAUUGGAACAACAGAAACUGCUCCGGCUUGCUUUGAGAUUGUAUAAGUUGUAUGUACAGUUAGUUACCAGUGCUGCGUGUGUAAAAAAAACCUUGCAUCUAUUGCAAACAAAUUGUGCUGGCCAAACAAAACAGAAAAUAAAUGGUCUCAAGGGAGAUCAACUGAUGAAAAUUUGAGUUGUGCAGCAACCAUGA